AUGUCGAAAAUAGUUUCUGGAGAAGAAUUCACGAGAGCUCAGAAAGUAAAGAAGUGGUUUCGUAAGUACUUUUUCGAAGGUUUCCGUCAGAGUAUCCUGCAAACUUCACGUUUUUAUGAUUUAGGUCAACAUUUGGAAAAAGAUGCUGUUGAGGAACUGACUAAGCUGCCUGAAAACCCCACUUUUCACGACCUUUUAUUCAUAAAACAUAGGAAAUACGUAGCUAUGCUCAUUCCUUUUCUUCUGAUUCAUGUGGGACUUUGCUGGAGACGUAUACGAAAUGAGAAUAUCAGGCAGUUUGGUGGUCUUCUGCGAUCCGGUACAACUUCUUCCGAUGGUACCACGACUACUGGCACAUGCCCGUCGUCAUGACCCUUGGAGCGUUUGUUGGAGGUUUCCUAGAGAGUCGCGAGGUUGAGAAGGCCAGUGUGAUUCAGGGAUGACGUCAGAAGGAGCCGGCGCCGUCGCGUUCCCCGUGAUGACGUUGAUCCUUCAUACGGCGCCGUCGGUGGCCAGAGACUUCGCCAUCAUGUUGCAAUCUAUCGGUUCCUGAGCUCUUUAUCAGUUUGCACUAACCAGAUUUUGAAGGAAUGACGUCAGCAUUGGUUUGCAUCGUUUUCAUGAAAGUUAGAAUCGAAAGUCGAGCGGUAUUUCUUGGCACAGCUGGUGCUGUUCCUGGUUUCAUCAUAGGAAUCCACAUAGUGCAAAAAGUUUUUAUAAACCUGAACUCAAGCCUUUUCAGGUGGAUCCGUUGAUGACUGGGCCGCAGAAAAAGAUGCUUUUCGUUGCAAUUUGGACGGCAUUUGCCUUUGCUCUGGCCUUGUUGAAUUCACAGAAGAAACGUCCAACGUAUACUAAAAUACCAGAGUUCAACUUUUGGAAAGGCUCCGUACUUCUUCUCACUGGAGUCAUCGGAGGUCUUCAGAAGAAGUCAAAUGAUUCUCAAAACACAUUGCCAGGCAUAUUCGACUCUUUUGCGGGUUCUGGAAUCGACGUGAGCAUCUUCUCGGUGGUCACUCUGCUCUUCAGAGUGUCGGAGAAGACGGCGACGCCGACUACCGUCGUCCUCAAAGGCGUCAACGCUAUCUUCGGCUUCUAUUACCGUGCCGUCAUGAUGGGCGACGUCGCGACAGAUUCCUGGAGGUAUUUUGCCGUUACUGUACCUGUUGCCUCCUUCUUCGCGCCUCUCGGCGCUCUCAUCGGCUCCCACUUCCAUCGUCAGGUUGGAUCGGACACUCUGUGCGAGACUUUGUAGUCUUUGAGGUUGUCGCGGCGCUCGUGUACGUUCUGGAAGCAGCCACGCUCGUUGGCUUCCUUCUGAACGGCCCCUCCUGGCAACUUCUGGUGUGUGGGACUGUCAUUAUCCUGAUUGGCUGCGUUUUCUUCCACGUCCUAGCUAAUCUUGGAGCCCGUCUCAUGGAACAUAUUGAGAGCAGAGAAAAACCAUCUCUUUGUUCAAAUUCAGCUGCUUGA